AUGUCGGCGUUUUUGAAGUACAUCGAAGUGGAAAACUUCAAGUCGUACCGAGGGCGCAAUGUAAUCGGGCCGUUGAAACAGUUUUCCGCUGUGAUCGGCCCCAACGGGUCAGGUAAAUCGAACUUCAUGGACGCAAUUAGCUUCGUGAUGGGCGAGAAAACCAACAGCCUGCGCGUCCGGAAGCUGCCCGAACUGAUUCACGGCGCAUCGAUUGGGCGCCCCAUUUCGAACCGGGCCUCCGUGACGGCUAAGUUUAUCAUCACCAACAACAAUCUGGAGCAGGAGGAGAAAAACUUUCAGCGCUCCGUCAUUAGCUCAUCGUCCGAGUACCGGAUCAACGAUAGUGUGGUGCCACCGGCCGUCUACCUGCAGGAGCUCGAAAAGAUCGGCAUCAAUGUGAAGGCGAAAAAUUUCCUAGUGUUCCAGGGCGCGGUCGAGAGCAUUGCGAUGAAGAACGCCAAAGAGCGGACGGCACUGUUCGAGGAGAUCAGUGGUUCCGGGUUGAUGAAGGACGACUACAACCGGCUGAAGCACGAAAUGCAGUCGGCCGAGGAAGAAACACAGUUUACGUACCAGAAAAAGAAGGGCAUCGCGGCCGAGCGGAAGGAGGCAAAGCUCGAGAAGCAGGAAGCCGAUCGGUACGCCCGGCUGAAGCAGGAGUACGCCGAAAAGCAGGUCAACUAUCAGCUGUUCCGUUUGUACUACAACGAGAAAGAGUCCCGCCGCUUGACCGAGGAUCUGAUCAGCAAGCAGCAGGAGCAGGGCAUCAUCGAGAAGCGCAAGGAGGAGGCGGACGAAAUUUUGAAGGAAAAGAAAAAGGAGGUCGGCAAAAUGACGCGUGAAAUGGCGAAAAAAGAGCAGGAGAUACGGGACGUGGAGAGCGAGAUGAGCAAGAAGCAUCCGAUGUUUAUCAAGGCCAAGGAAAAGGUGGCCCACACGCAGAAGAAGCUGGACGGGGCGAUGAAAACCCUCGAGCAGGCACGGCGCGCCGACGAAGCGCACCAGUCGGACAUCAAAAAGCUGGAGGACGAGCGGCACGAGAUCGAGGUGAAGAUGGCCGCGUUCGAGAACGAGAUGGCGGGCGAGUCGAAGAAGCGCGGCACGAACGUGCAUCUGGAGCAAAACUUGAUACAAGAGUACGACCGGUUGAAGCAGAAGGCCGACGCGAUGGCCGGCAAGUAUAUGAUCAACCUCGAUUCCGUCAAUCGGGAGCAAAAGUCCGACCAGGAUCUGCUGGACAGUGAGACGAACAAAAAGGCUCAGAUCGAGGAGAACUAUAAGCGCAACGAGUCGGAAAAGAACGAAGUGCUCAAGCGACAGGAGAAGCUGAUCGAUCACAUAAAGUCGAGCAAGUUGGCGCUCGAGGAACAGAACCGCCUGAAGGCGGAACUGAGCCAGGAUGUGGGCUCGUCGAAGGAGCGCAUCCUGGAGCUGCAGAGCGAGCUGGAGAAUGUGCGCGAACAGUUGGGCGAUGCCAAGAUUGACAAGCACGAGGACGCACGGCGCAAAAAGAAGCAGGAGGUGGUGGAACUGUUCAACCAGGAAGUGCCCGGCGUGUACGAUCGGAUGAUCAACAUGUGCCAGCCGACGCACAAGCGGUACAACGUGGCCGUCACGAAGGUGCUCGGCAAGUACAUGGAAGCCAUCAUCGUGGACACGGAGAAAACGGCCCGCCGUUGCAUUCAGAUACUGAAGGAAAAAAUGCUGGACGUCGAAACGUUUCUACCGCUUGACUAUUUGCAGAAAAAACCGCUCAAAGAGCGUCUCCGAAACAUUGAAGAACCUCGCAACGUGAAGCUGAUCUACGAUGUGCUGAAAUUUAGCCCACCGGAAAUAGAACCAGCCGUCCUGUUCGCCACCAAUAACGCGCUGGUGUGCGAAACUCCCGAUGACGCCAUGAAGGUGGCGUACGAAAUCGACCGCAGCCGGUACGAUGCACUGGCGCUCGAUGGUACGUUCUACCAGAAGUCUGGCAUCAUUUCCGGCGGCAGCCACGAUCUGGCGCGCAAGGCCAAGCGCUGGGACGAGAAGCACAUGGAGCAGUUGAAGCUGCAGAAGGAAAAAAUCACCGAAGAGCUGAAGGAGGUGAUGAAGAAGACGCGCCGCCAGGGCGAAUUGACGACGGUCGAGAGCCAGAUCCGGGGGCUGGAGAAUCGGCUCAAGUACGGUCAGAAUGAUUUGGAAACGUCGAAGAAAAGUUUGAAGGAGUACGAUAAGAAGCUGGAAAAUUUCACCCGCGAACUGGACCAAAUCGGGCCGAAGAUCAGCGAGAUCGAGCGUCGAAUGCAGCAGCGCGACGACAAGAUUCAGGACAUCAAGGAGAGCAUGAACAACGUGGAGGACGACGUGUAUGCCGAGUUUUGUGCGCGCAUCGGCGUGGCCAACAUUCGCCAGUUCGAGGAGCGUGAGCUGGUGCUGCAGCAGGAGCGCGCGAAGAAACGUGCCGAGUACGAGCAGCAGAUCGAUCGCAUCAACAACAACCUGGAGUUUGAGCGCUCGAAGGACACGUCGAAAAAUGUGCAACGCUGGGAGCGUGCUGUCCAGGACGAUGAAGAUUCGUUGGAAACGUUCAGGCAAGCCGAGGCCCGGCAGCGGCAGGAAAUUGAGAAAGAUAAGACGCGAAUCGAGCAAAUGAAGCAGGAAAAGGCGGCUCACAAAGUCGCGGUCGAUCGCACGGAGGAGGACAUGGCGAAGGCGCGCCGGGACGUGCAGACACUGGCCAAGGAGCUGGCCGCCAUACACCAGGGCAUUACGAACAUUGAGUCCAAGAUUGAGACGAUGAAGAACAAGCGGCACAACAUACUGAUGCAAGCGAAAAUGGAUGCCAUCGAGAUCCCGCUGAAGCGGGGCAGCAUGGACGAUAUCGGUCAACAGCAGCAAUCGCAGCCGCAGGGGCAGGGCACCGAGAACCCGUCGGCGUCGGACACGAGCACCGGAGGCAGCGGAAGCCAAGCGUACGAGCGAGAGAGCCGCAUCGAGAUCGAGUACGCGCUGCUGCCGAACAACGUAAAGAAUCUGGCCGAUGCGGAUCAGAUUAAAAAGUUCGGUGACACGCUGUCGAACGAGCUGAAGGCAAAACUGGACACGCUGGAGAAAAUACAAACACCGAACAUGAAGGCGCUACAAAAGCUGGACCGUGUCACGGAGAAGAUUCAGUCCACCAACGAAGAGUUUGAAGCGGCGCGCAAGAAAGCCAAAAAGGCGAAGGCCGCGUUUGAGAAGGUUAAAAACGAGCGCUGCACACUGUUCACGAACUGCUGCAAUCACAUUUCGGACGCGAUCGACAGCAUCUACAAGCAGCUGGCUAGAAAUGAUUCCGCUCAAGCGUACCUCGGUCCGGACAAUCCCGAGGAACCGUAUCUGGAUGGCAUCAACUACAACUGUGUGGCCCCGGGCAAGCGGUUCCAGCCGAUGAGCAAUCUGAGUGGCGGAGAAAAGACCAUCGCGGCACUGGCGUUACUGUUCGCUAUCCACAGCUUCCAGCCGGCACCGUUCUUCGUGCUGGACGAGAUCGACGCGGCGCUCGACAAUACGAACAUCGGAAAGGUGGCGUCGUACAUUCGCGAGAAGACCAGCAACCUGCAAACGAUCGUCAUUUCGCUGAAGGAAGAAUUCUACAGCCACGCGGACGUGCUGAUUGGCAUCUGUCCCCAGCCGGCCGAUUGCCUCGUGUCGCAAACGUUGAUCUUUGAUCUCGAACAGUUCGAGGGCCGUGGGCAUUAGUUGGACUUAGUUUGUAAAUUGGUUCGAUUUAAUCACAUUUCAUUGCGACUCUUUUAGGUUUAGUUGUAUCUACCGCCGUUAGUAAUAUUUUGAGCUGAAUUUCACCCGCCAACUAUGGACACAGAAAUGGACGCUCUCAAACCUGUUUGUCUUUCAGUUUCCUCAACACGGGUACGGCAU